AUGGUCUAUGCGUAUACGCAGACCGAGUCGCGAAAGCCGCCGUUGCCCAAGCAACACAUGCCUUCAUUAUUUGACGAACCCACGACAUGGCAAAACUGGCACAAGCACGUUAACUGGCCUCAGUCGAUUUUAUUGCUUAGCACGCCAUUGAUCGCUUUGUAUGGUUUAUUCACCACCCAAUUGCAGACUAAGACUUUGAUUUGGGCUGUCAUCUAUUAUUUCAUUACGGGUCUUGGUAUCACUGCUGGUUAUCAUCGUAUGUGGGCUCAUCGCGCUUAUCGUGGUACUCUGCCCUUGAGACUUGCUCUCUGUCUUGCUGGAAGUGGUGCUGUCGAAGGUUCGGCUUACUGGUGGUCUCGUGGUCACCGUGCCCAUCACAGAUGGACCGAUACCGACAAAGAUCCCUAUAGUGCUCAACGUGGUUUCUUUUUCUCUCACUUGGGAUGGAUGUUGGUUCAGCGUCCCAAGAACAGAAUUGGUUAUGCUGAUGUUGCCGAUUUGAAGGCGGAUCCUGUCCUGGCUUUCCAACACAAGCACUACGUUUGGUUUGCUUUGAUUAUGGGUUUUAUUGUACCCACUUUGGUGGCUGGUCUGGGCUGGGGUGAUUUCAGGGGAGGUUACUUUUACGCGGCAGUUGCUCGUCUCGUGUUUGUUCAUCAUGCCACCUUCUGUGUCAACUCGCUUGCUCACUUUUUGGGUGAAGAUACCUUUGAUGAUCAUCAUACCCCUCGCGAUCACUGGAUCACCGCUCUCGCCACCCUUGGUGAAGGUUACCACAAUUUCCACCACGAAUUUCCUCAAGACUACCGUAACGCCAUCGUUUUCCAUCAAUAUGACCCUACCAAGUGGUUGAUCAAGACGCUUUCUUUUGUCGGUCUCGCCUACGAUUUGAAGACUUUCCCGUCCAACGAAGUUAACAAGGGUCGUAUCCAGAUGCAAGAAAAGAAAAUUUUAGCGGAAAAGCGAAAAUUGGCCUACGGUACCCCCAUCGAAGAUUUGCCCAUCUAUACCUGGGAUGAAUACCAGUCUUUGGUGUUGAAUGACAACAAAAAGUGGAUUUUGCUCGAAGGUAUCUUGUAUGAUGUCGAAGACUUUAUGCACGAACAUCCCGGUGGUGUCAAGUAUCUGUCUACUGCUCUCGGCAAGGAUAUGACCACCGCCUUCAACGGCGGUAUCUAUAACCAUUCGAACGGUGCACGAAACUUGUUAACCACACUGCGCGUUGGUGUCUUGAAGAACGGAAUGCAGGUCAUGACCCAAGAACAAGCAGCUGCAGAUUAUGACGAUUCUCUCGAAUAUUCCGAAAAAGCCGCUCUCUUUGCCAAAAACAAGUAA